CACUCACACUGCAGUGCCGCCACAACCUGCCGCGACGCCGCGUGUCGCUUCCAUUCCGCUCGAUCACAUCCGACGCGUGUGUCGUUGACGUUACGAUGUGCCCGGUCAGUUGUCGGUGAUAGUUUUGUGCGAACGAUACCACCAUGCCGUACGUUAUGGUGAUGGGCAGCCUCAGCGCGCCGCACUUGUCGAAGGAUGAAGGCGCCACCGUGUACGGACUCAAAAGCGAGGAGCGGGCGGCUUUAGUGCGGGAGCUAAACUCGGCCUUUGGGAUGGCGAUAGCAACAUCAUCAGACAUGGAAAGAACUGUCAAAGUGACUCAGAAAGGUCUAACUUUGGUGGUGGUGAAUCGGCUUCACGGUUUAUUGGGGUACGACGUAGUGUCGCAUGCCAUGGCGAUGACGAACGCUAACAGAGAGCUGGUUUCCUUCACCUUGUACAAGAAGACUAGCACUGGGUCUCAUGGGCACGGACAAAGCCAUAGCCACGGACAGAGCCAUAGCCACGGACAGAGCCAUAGCCACGGACAGAGCCAUAGCCACGGUCAGAGUCACAGCCACGGCCCGAGCCACGGCCAUGGACAGAGUCAUAGCCAUGGCCACGGACACAGCGAGCGCAAGAGUCACACUCACGGCAGCGUGGUCACGCUUUGAUGACGCGCGACGGCUGAGCAGCAUUACCAUUCACGAAACAUAUUAAAGGCCCUAACAUUGAACAAACGAUGUGGCAUGUUCGUGAGAAAACGAAAACAACACAGAUUAGACAGAGUAUGUUGGUAACGAUGUGGAGCAUUCAAGAUAGCUAUAAUAAUGAUGAUAAUCUAACAAUCCUGCCGGCAGCUUAUCGAUAGUUUUAUAAAAUGUCUACUUAUUGAAGAUGCUCUAUUUUAUCAUUAUAAUGAUGUAUUUCUAUGCAUUGAUAGUUUAAAUUAAUCUAAUAAAAUUAAUGUAAUUAAAACACCAUGUUAUAAUUAUUAUAAACGAAUUAUAUUACUAUGCUUACACAUAAAAUGAAAAUUUGAAACAAUAUAAAAAGCUAUAUCAGUCUUAGCAAUAGAUAAAAUUAUUGUUUACCUCAUAGUUGGUGCAAUAAAUAUAAAAGUAUAAAAUCGUCUACUGUCUUCCGGGACUAGAUAUUAUAUGUAUUGUGUGUGGAUAAUAAAAACAUACAAUUACGUUA